CUGGUGUCAAAAUUUUGAUAACUUUGACAAAAAGAUAAACAUAGCCAUCAAUUGUCUGAGGUGGUUGUAUAUAUAUAUUUAAAACCAUCAUUAAAUUCGAACAAAAUGGUACAAAGACCAUCACAUACAUACCAGCAGCCACAAUGCCUAUUGCAGACCUUGCAGCUCGGGUCUGGCCAAAUGUAUUCCUCCUGAUUAAUAAAUAAGCUGACGAACCAAAACACGCUCCUGCGCCAAUUAUUUUACACGGCAAACAAUCGGGAAGUUCUGCAGCCUCUCGUUUUAAUUGUGAAUCUGAUAAACGUUGAUUUGAAUCACUGUCAGCCAUUCUUACGUCUUUGAGAAAAUUGCCAUUCCCCCCGGUUUUCUCAGCGGGCGCUGUCCCGACAACUCGAAAUUUGAAUAAAUUUAUAAACUUUGGCAAAACUUGCAAAGUUUUACAAUCCAUUUGCAUCCUAGUUUCACGGAGUUGUAGUUAUCAUUUUCAGAGUUUAUUAUACAAGAAUAAUAAGUUUCCAAUAUGCCUGAAGUUAAAACUGCUGGAAAAAAGACGAAUUCACAUCGUGUAGCUUAUAAAGACAAAGAGAAACCUACGGAAAUACGGUUUACUAAUAUAAAUGCGGCAAAAGGUUGGGAAGAGUGUUUAUAAUGAAGGUUUUUGUGAUUUUCCUGUGUUUUGUGGGUAUAUUAAGAUGUUUUAAUUGUUUUUUUUAGCGGUUGCCUCUGCUAUUCGGACAAGCCUUGGUCCCAAGGGAAUGGAUAAAAUGGUAGUGAAUAAAAUUUGACAUUUAUGUUUGUUUUAUUUUGACACAUGUGUUUGUACUGUGGUUUGUACAAGCAAAAAUAAUGGGUUGAACAUAUUUUGUGUGUGAAAGAUAUCAGGCUUGCAUUUGCUUGUAGUCUGAUGCUGGAUUUUACAUCAAAAUAUGUACAGUGUACAACAUUCAUAUAACACAAUUUUGUUAUGUAUGCAGAUGAAGUGAUUAUUUGUAAGGGACUGUUGUUGACAAAUACACAUCCUGCUUCAUGGACUUGUUCUGCAGUUACUUAACCCCCUACUUUAUGGGAUGAAAACUGUUUAUUGAUGAACCCAAGUUAUUACACCAUUAACACCAAACAGAUAAAGUUGGGUUUGCCAUGUAGGCUGCCACCGCAAAUGUACAGCAGUGCCUUUAUUAACAAUGUUUCAUACAUAAAGGUACUACAAGGGUGGACACACACUAACCUGAAGUUCAGACCCUAAUUUGAAAUAGGGCCUGACACAAAACCUGUCUAGACCGCGGGACGCCCACAUGUUAUUUUUAGACACAACAUGCAAUAUGAUUGACAAGUGUUGUAGAUUUUGUUACACAAAAAAAUUAUAUUCUCAUGAACAUGUCCGCAGAGUGUGCAUUUUGCUUUAUAAUUAAACUUAAAAAUUCAAGGUACUUUUAUAUAAAUAAGAUUCAGACAAAGAUUUAGUUAGUCAGUUCUGUGCACGGCUUGACUGCCAAGCUUUCUCAAGGUCUCAACUCGGAUAUUAGGGAUAUACUUUAUUAAAACGGGCUAACAACAGCAACAAUGAAAUUCUCAAUCGUACCACGAAGAAGGCGAUGUAGCUCAGAAAACAACGCCGGUAGGACCUGAUAUUAAAAAUAAGACUUUUGCCGGUGAAGCCAGUUGGCAGAACAUCUUGGCUGUCAACAACAAGCUUUCGAAUACAUGACUUAGAUUGGCUGUUCUUCGGUGUUGUGUGUCCAAAAUUUUGAUAAAGCCCUUUCAAAAUACUGUUCAUUUGAUUUAUUUUCUGCCAUAAAUCAUAAAAGAAAAAGAAAUUCGAAGAAAUCGAUAAUGGAAUUUGUACGUGCGUUUGACCUUUAUAUUAAUUGUCGCCUUGACCGAGCUAUUUUUAAAACUGUUGUUUAUGUAAACUUGCAACCAAUCAAAAUCCUUCAUGAUGCUGAUCAACCAAUCAGAUUUCCCGUCCACCAGAUGGACGGGAAUCCCACACUUUAGAUAGGUUUUGUGUCAGGCCCUAUUCUGUGAUUAGGGCCUGAACUUCAGGUUAGACACACACUUGCUGCAAAAUACGAAAGAUGCCCAUAUAAGGGCACAGAGCCUCACCCUACCCCCAAGCAUGAGAAUUCUGUCUCUCACUUCUUGCAUACUUCUUGCAUACUAUAAGCAUAUGCCUACAAAUCACAGUGCCUCGCACUGUUUCAACAUUACAUUAUCCUGCUAUAUCUCUCAAGAUCCAAAGUGGGAAUGGAGAUGUUACGAUAACCAAUGAUGGAGCUACUAUCUUGAAACAAAUGCAAGUUUUCCAUCCUGCAGCUAAAAUGGUGAGCAACAGUGAGAUUUUGUAUGUGAUAUAAGAGCCAGAACAGUAAAAAAAGUAGUGCUUCUUUAAUGCUAGUUUUGUCAAAAUUCAGAAUGUCUCAAUUACUAUACAUAAUUUCAGUUGGUAGAACUGUCAAAAGCUCAAGAUGUGGAAGCUGGUGAUGGUACCACAACAGUCGUGGUUAUUGCUGGAAGUUUGCUAGAUGCUGCAGCACGAUUACUUGAGAAAGGUUCUGAGUAUUUCAUUGUAAUUAUUAAGGCCAUUUAUAUGGAUGAAAACAAGUAUUACCUAAGUCCCUAACACACUUGCAAUAAAUAUUCAAAUUCUAGCAAGUCAUAACUUAUUGUGGACAAGUCUGAACCCCUGUUCUUAUGUUUUUCCAGGUAUCCAUCCAAUGAAUAUAUCAGAUGCAUUUGGUGUUGCAUGUGAGAAAGGAGUUGAGAUAUUAAAGAAUAUUGCGAUCCCAGUUGAACUAAAUGACCGUGAAUCCUUGUUAAAAAGUGCUUCAACUUCUCUCAAUUCAAAGGUAACCUGGAAUGGCAGUUGGGAAACUGCAUCAACUUUAACAAUUGAAAUCAAUAAUUCACUGUAUAUUUGACAUAGAAAAUUUCAACAAGCAAACAUUUCCAUGCUGUUCUAGGUUGUGUCUCAAUUCUCAAACCUUCUAGCCCCAAUAUCAGUUGAUGCUGUGUUGAAAGUUAUUGAUCCAAAAACAGCCAGUAAUGUUAACCUAAAAGAUAUCAGAGUCAUCACAAAAUUAGGGUAUGUCUGGUGCAUGGUGAUAAAAUCUACAAAUCUGAAAAGUAGUAGUUGUUUUAAUUGCUUCUAAUUGAGACAAAAAUUGGGUUAAUUGGUGUUAUUAUUUUCAGGGGCACAGUGGAAGAUACAGAGAUGGUUGAUGGUUUAGUUUUAGAACAGAAAAUAUCACAUCUGGCUGGUGGAGUCUCAAGUAUAGAAAAAGCAAAAAUUGGUCUUAUUCAAUUUUGUUUAUCUGCACCUAAAACAGAUGUACGCCUAUGUUUGUGUAUUUAUAAUUUUAUGUACACUAUGGCUUACCUAUUUUUAAUGGAAACUAACUGACAUAAUAUGUACGCACUUCGUACCUAUUCUUACAAUUGAUCUUAUAGUAAAGUGCAUGAAUUGCUUAAUGUGUACACAUUUUUAUAAUGCAGCGCGAGUCACGUGAUGUGUACGCACUGCGUAUCUAUUUUUACAUUCUUAUUUUCAAUGUUAAAGAUGGACAACCAAGUCAUUGUGUCAGAUUAUACUCAAAUGGACCGCGUAUUACGAGAAGAGAGGCAGUACAUACUAGAUUUGUGUAAAAAGAUAAAGAAAGCUGGAUGCAACGUACUUCUAAUUCAAAAAUCUAUUCUAAGGUACAUGCUUGCCCACUUUAGUAAACCUUUUUUCUACCUGGCACAAAAAUAAAGCCUCCCUCUGCUGUCGUUUUGCAUCAUAAACGAAUUUUCCAAAAAUCUUGCCUUUUCCUUCAACAGGGACGCUAUAAACGAUCUAGCCCUACAUUUCUUAACAAAAAUGAAAAUUAUGGUCUUGCGUGAUAUUGAGAGGGAUGAAGUCGAGUUUAUAUGUAAGGUACGUUAGCUACGCUUCAUUUCCUUGUGCUAAAAUUUUAGGCUUAGGCUUACAUCUUCAAAGUCAAUACAUAGCUCCUGCUUUAAAUCAAUGCUAUUUUUAUCACAGAGUCUUGGAUGUAAGCCUGCUGCAAGUGUAGAUCAUUUUACACCAGAUGUGUUGGCGUCAGCAGAGCUAGUUGAAGAAGUGUCUACAGGCGCUGCUAAAGUUGUAAAGGUAGGCAUUCGGGUGUUUCUGGUGGUUCGCUGUAUAUGUAGUCUGAACACUUUAUAAUACACCGGCACCAUUAACCAAUCAGAUGCGUUUCAUCUGCCCGAUUGACCAAUCAAAUGCGUAUUAAGUCAGUAAGAGGUGGUGCAAGUCAAAUGUGAACUUCUCUAUUCUGUGAUUCCCAGCUGUUGUACUUUGGGUCUGUAUCGAUAUACUUUAGUACUGUACCAAUGCAUAUACAUGUUUCUACUCGUUUCUUUUUCCAGAUAACAGGUAUAGCGAAUCCUGGCAAGACAGUGAGUAUACUGGUACGUGGAUCAAAUAAACUGGUUCUGGAGGAAGCUGAACGCUCUCUGCAUGACGCACUGUGUGUUGUCAGAUGUCUUGUUAAAAACAGGUAAUGUCGAAUCCCAAUUUGCAAGUCGACUUGUUUUCUGGCUGUUGUGUUGUUUGCAUUUUGAUAGUUACCUACCACUGAUACACGACUUAAAAAUGAAAUGCCAGAGUUUGUCUUAGGUAGUGCUGGUAAGCAUUAGGCUGGCAUUCCGGCUUGACUUGCUACAAGCCCUCGUACAGUAACGCAUUGUAACUUGUCUGGCAUUGUAAGGAGUAUCCACCCUUUCAAGAAUUUGAGCUCCAUCUUGCAGUUAAAUGAUACGAGUUAACUUCUAGCAAGUCUACAUUCUGGCUAGCAUUUGACUUGAACACCUGCUGCAGCAAAACAGAUAACAGUAUUUCUCUAUGUGUCGAUCAUUCAUGUUUGCAGGGCCCUCAUAGCAGGUGGCGGUGCACCCGAGACAGAACUCUCCAUAAACCUUGCACAAUAUGCGAACACACUCUCGGGAAUGGAUUCAUACUGUGUGCGAGCGUUCUCCGGGGCAAUGGAAGUCGUUCCCUAUACCUUAGCCGAGAAUGCUGGCCUUAAUCCAAUUGCAACUGUAACUGAACUCAGGAAUAAGCAUGCGCAAGGAGAGAAGAACGCUGGUAUUAAUGUCCGCAAGGUACGUUCAUGACGUCAUUCACAACUGACUAUUGGCAUUUCUCUGUACUUUUGAUUGACAACUAAAUCAUUCCUAAGUGAGAUCAUAUAAAAUAUCGUACUGACAAACGAUACUUUGAGGGCCAUCAUGAAAACUACUGGGUAACCAGUAAUGAUGUUUUUACCCUCGGUAAAUAAAGUAUUUUGACUUUAUGAAAUAGCCACCAUUUGAAACUGACAUCUUACAAAACACUUUACUAACAGCUGACUGUCCUAGUUGUUUAAGUGCCUGACAGUAGAAAAUAUUUGAAUGAAUGGUUAUCCCUUACCUAGUUGUUCAUUACUAGUUUCUAAAAGGAUCUUUCGUGUUACUAAUACGUCUGGUCAGUGUUGAUAGACAUUCAUUACCUUUUAGGGAACCAUCACCAACAUACUGGAUGAGAACGUCCUCCAACCUCUGUUGGUCUCUACCAGCGCAUUGACUUUGGCUUCAGAAACUGUGCGAAGUAUCCUAAAGAUUGAUGAUAUUGUAAGUUUCAGCAAUACAUUUGUGAUACAAUGUUGUCACUGUAAGAGCAAAAACGAAAGGAAAUCUCUCAAUCUAUUAUUACACAUGUAACAAAUUAACACGGUCUCAUUUGUCUUUUCAGGUGAACACAAGAUAACAUAGUAAACUAUUGAAAACAGUGUUGUGAAACUAGUUACUUUGAAACAAGCCCGCUAUUCUAAGAUGUGUGAUGUUAGAUUAUUAAAAAUAAAUCUAUUAUAA